AUGAAACCUUCACCUACGUUGAUACCUCGACUUUUACCUAUUCUCAAACAUUAUCCUAUCGCCUCUUCCUCCUCUACUUCUUCCUCUUUCGCGAUUGCCGCUUCGGGUUCCGCUCCCGCUCAGCAUAUCAACCAUAAGAAAGUGGAGCAAAUCGGUAGUGGAAAUGGAUGGAGUACUUGGUGGUUAUCUAACCCUAGCUUGACACAUCUCAAUGAUGACAAGAGACGGAAAUCCCCUUUGAGUAACAAUCAUACCCAUCAUCAUGAUCAUGUUCAUCUACAAACUUCAUUAAACUACCACAACUCAAUAUCAUAUCGACUUGAUCCCACUACGACAAAAGAUAAUAUACGGUCAACCCCAACUCAACAAAGUAAUAAUUCCAAAGCCAAAGGAAAUGCUACUACUCCUACCAGUAGUAGUAAUGGUGGUGGUGAUACCUCGACUGUACCUCCACCUACCAUAGCAUGGAACGAUUAUCUCUCUAUGGUAUAG